UUGUAAUAUUGAGUAUUGACUAGUGAGUAGCUGAAGAAUUUAAUAUUACUGCAUCUAAAAACCUUUGUUUUAUAAAAUCAAAUCAACUUUAAAAUGCUUACUCGUAAAAUUGUUUUGUCAAGGUGGCGGUGUAAAUGUUCCGUAAAAAAUACUAGUACAACACCCGAUAUUCAGCCACCGAAUCCGAAAAAAAUAUCAAGUGAUAUGGUUGGUCCACCUGAUCCAGUUUCCAACCUUCGGCGAAUAAUAUUUAAACAACCAGCAAACGAAAGUGAACUAGAAACGAAAUAUAGGAAAUUGAGAACAGAAAUUCAAGAAUGGAAUCAAAAUUUUUGGACACAGCACAAUUCACGAUUUUUUAAGGAACGUGAAAAUUACUUAAAGAACAACUUACCAGAAGGCAAAUCUAAUUUAACUGCUGAUGAGAUGAGCGUAUUUUACAAAGCCUUUUUGGAUAAAAACUGGAAAGGUCAUAUUAAUUAUAAUAUUGAAUGGUAUAAGAAAAACUUAACUUUACUUGGACUAGCUAUUAGAGUAAAAUUAAGGAGAAUUUUAAAAAUAAAAGAUUAAUAAAUAA